CGACUACCUCUACCACAAUGCCGGCCGCAGGUUCUGACGGGGCGAGCAACGGGACGUCGUCGCACAUGAUGAAGACGACAAAACGGGGCAGACCUUUCUUGAAGGACACGCUCGACCUGUUUGCCACACUCAUCGUAUCACUGGAGCUUACCACUCAUAAGCAAUUCUUCCGGACCUUUCCCCAUUCGUUUACGACAGACGAGGCGUGCGCCAACCUUGCUUCGCUCAAGUUCUCUCAGUCGAACCGAGGUCCGGAUCCGCGAGACCCUUCACGGAUUGUCACGACUACAACCACGACCACGUUCUCCAUGACCCGUGAUAUGGCGAAGGCCAUGUCGCAGCACUUCAUGGACGCUCGUCUUAUUGAAAACGCCACCGACCCCACGUCCAAUCUCUUCAAAGACCGGGGCACGUACGUGCUCACGCCUAAGGGACUCCACGUCCUUGAGCGAUUCAUCAGCAAGAACGGGAUCAACGCUGAUCACCUGGGAGAGGUGUUCAAGACGCAGCCGAUUUGCAUGAAGCUUCUCCACCUCCAGCGACGGUCCUCGGACGAUGAAAUCAUCGUGACGCAGACGGUAAUCACUGCUCUCUUCAGGCGUUUCGUUGGGACAAAGGCGAACUACAGGAGCGAGAACUCGGAGACGAUGGACCCCUUCCAGCUGUAUUACGAGCGUGCGAAGGGCAUCGCGUUUAUGGAUGUCGCCGAUCGCUCUCAAAACUUGCUGGGGAAGAAUACGGCCGUUGUGCACAAGUUCUGCUUCCAGGCUGUUGCGGCGCUGGAAUGGCUUUGCGAUUUCACGUCGGUGGUCGGUCGUGAAGAGGCUGCUGAGAUGGCAGCGCAGUUUGUGAGGUUCGGGCUCAUCACGCUGGUGAGCGAUAAGAGAAAAAACAACGACUCCGCGAUCAUCUUCACGGUUCGCGGCACUGCACCGGGAGGUAAUUCACCAAUACAGCAACACGGCGAGUUCCGUUGUACAGCGAAAGCGGUAUACAAAGUUACGGAGGAAGGUCGUCGACUUGCUCGCUGGGAUGCGAACGGCAUGUCACAGGAAUCGCCGCAUAGUUCUACGACCAACCUUGCGGCCCAGAGGACAUCGGAGGACUCAAGCGUCUCAACCGCGGUGGAAGGAACCUUCUCCGGUGAUAGCAAGCUUACCCGACGCCUGUCGAUGGCGGAGAAGCUCAAUGAAGGCGGGAAGAAGGCUCAGAAGGAGUCGAAUACGGAUCGUUUGAACUACAUCAUCGAGGACGUCUCACUUCGGAGUAUGUUCAGGGACUUCCUGCGCGCGAACUUCUGCGAGGAGAACCUAUCCUUUUGGCUGGAGGUGGAGGAGUUCAAGAAGAAAUUCAACGUUACCUCUAGCGCCGUCGCAUCUGCGCCCUCGGGUCGCAGUAAUCAGAGAACAACGCCUGGUCAAGCGGCCAUGGAACGCCAUCACGAGAUGUUAAUACACCGUGCGUUCGAGAUUUACAAUCGUUAUCUCGCCCCGUCGGCGCCUUCCGAGCUCAAUAUCGAUCACGGUCUGCGGAACGAGCUCCUCGCUUACCUUGGUGAAGUCAUGACCGGAGUCAAUGGGAACCAGGUCGUCGGUCGUGUGGAGCCCGAACAAGCCAGCGCGUUCAACGCUACGCAACUGCAAACAGUGAUCAACCUGUACAAGCGAAUACAGAUGCACGUUUUCCGACUGAUGUCAACAGACUCUGUACCGAAGUUCAUCAAGACCCCGAAAUUCGCAGCGCUGCGCAAUUGGGCAGAAGAGGAUGAAGAUUUCGACUCGCAGUCCAUGGAUCCUACCCAUCCUCCCGGCCUUAACGGAGACGAGGAGAUUGGUGGAACAUACACGACCGUUUCUCAGCACGCCUCCGAACAGAACGGCAGACAUCGGCGGAACCAGCCACCUGCACCCCCGUCGUGAUUCGCAUCGUUGACCGUUCUGCCUACGGCUUUCGUCGUGUUGUUUAUCCCGUGCAUCUCAGGACCACGCUUCAUUGUCGCACCUUCUACCCGGGCCUCUUCUUUGUACGCAUUUCGCAUUUCCACACUUGCAUAUAUCUCUCGUCCCGGCUUCACUUGUUCACCCUCUACAUUUUUUGACUGGAAGUCAUUCAACUCGCUGCUCCCUAAUAUCGUACUGCCACCCAUUCGAACAACCCUUCUGUAUACUAUAUAAUAUAGAUCGAGU